AUGCUGGCACUGCCAGAUUCUUCAAAAUCCAGGCUCUCUAACGGGAACUGCAAACACACAAGCGGCUAUGCUCUCUCUCCUUCCCUCCGCUCGUCUCCUCCCACCACCGCCUCCUCUCUGUGCUUCCACAACAUCUCCUACUCUGUCGCCAUUCGGUGCCAUCCACUAGCCUUCCUCCCUGCCAUCCCCUCCCGCUGCUGCUCCUCCACUUCUCGCAACGGCACGGCUGCAGGUACCCCCCCUGAUGCGCCUUUGCACACCUCUCGGCACAGUCAAGCUCCAUACAGUCACAAUCAGCAGUCUGGCCAGCAGCAGCAGCAGCAGCGGCAGCAGCAGCAGCAGCAGCAGCAGCAGCGGCGAAACAUCCUGCAGGGGAUAUCAGGGUCUGCCAAGGCAGGGCAGGUGACAGCAAUCAUGGGAGCCAGUGGGUCCGGCAAAACCACUCUCCUAGACUUCCUCUCCCACCGCAUCUCCCUCCCAUCCACUCCAGAUGCCCGUCCCACACCCUCCUCCUCUCCCUCCGCAUCUCCUCUCCCUCCUCCUUUCCUCACCUCUCCGGCUUCUGUCACUCCUCCCACGACCACUCCUCUAAACGGGGCCCCAGUGGCUGCUCUCUCCUCUUCCACCACCGCCCUCUCCCCUUCAAUAACUCUAAACGGAGCACCAGUGACUGCUAGCACAAUGAGGCGGGUGUCAGCCUAUGUGAUGCAGGACGACCUGCUGUUCCCCGCGCUCACAGUGCGCGAGACGCUGCUGUUUGCGGCCGAGCUGAGGCUGGGGAAUGGCAGGGUGGGGCGGAGGGCCAAGGAGGAGAAGGUGGAGGGGCUGAUGCGGCUUCUGGGGCUCACUCGAGUGGCGGACUCCCGCAUUGGUGAUGAGAACAGGAGGGGCGUUUCGGGUGGCGAGCGCAAGAGGGUGGCGAUAGGGGUGGAGAUGGUGGGAGACCCCUCGCUGCUUUUCCUAGACGAGCCCACCUCUGGUCUUGACUCCACCUGUGCCUUCCACGUGGUCAAGGCUGUGCGGGACGUGGCCAGACUGCGAAGCAGCAUAGUGCUCAUGGUGCUGCACCAGCCCAGUUUCAGGGUCCUCAAUCUCCUCGACAACCUCCUUCUCCUCGGAUCCGGGCACACGGUUUUUUCAGGCUGCCCGUCCGAGCUGCCAGGCUACCUCACGGAUUUUGGCUGCCCAGCUCCGCCCUUUUCCAACCCAGUGGAGUUCACACUUGAUCUUAUCCAGUCAUUGCAGAUGGAAGGGCAGCAGGAAGGGCAGGGCGUGGAGGGUGAGCAAAAAGGCCUGGGAAGGACAAGAGGCCACGGAGAGGGAAGACAGGGAAAAAAGGGAGAGGAUGGGCACGAGGGACAGGAGAGAUUAAAAGGGGGAGAGGAGGAGGAUGUAGAGGCACAGGGUGGGGUGAAGGUGAACGGUGAGACUCAGGCCAACGGUGGUGCUGGUACACCUGGCAUCCAGCGAUUGGCCGAGUUCCACCGGGAAUGGGUGAGAACAAAGGCUGCAAGAGCAGGAUCGAAGGGCAUGGAGAGCAACCCCCAAGAAGCAGUGGGAGAGCAAGGAGCAAAAGGAGCAGGGAUUGGUGAAAGGGGAGACGGAAAGAGGAGCAGCUCCUGUGUGAGUGGAGAUGAGAACGGGAGCACGAGCAACAGUGGAUCGGAUAUUCCUUCUUUGGAGCUGAUUACCAGCUCGAGUAACAAGAGCACUGUGAGCACCAGCAGCAGCAGCGCGAGCAUCAGCAGCGACAGCACCAGCAGCAGCACUACCAGCACCGAACAGAAGCAGCAGAAGGAGCUACAGAGGAGCGAUGAGAGCGAGGAAAAAGAGGAGGAGAAGGAGGCGGAGGAGGAGGGGCAGGGAAGUGUGGGGAGGCAGCAGGGAAAGUAUGCGAAUGGGUGGUGGAGGGAGCUGUGGGUGCUGACAGCCCGGUCGGCUAUUAUGAUUCGCCGGACUCCAGCGCUGUACCUGCUGCGCCUGCUGUUGAUCAUGAUAACGGGGCUGCUUAUAGCGUCGCUCUUCUGGCAGCCAGAGUUCAACACACGUGGAGUGCACGAGCGUCUGGCCUUCAUUGCCUUCCUCACGUGUACGCUCUUCUUCUCCUCUGGUGAUGCAACUCCGCUCUUCAUACAGGAGCGCAACAUAUUUGUGCGGGAGACGACGCACAACGCGUACCGCUCGUCCACGUACCUGCUGGCCUCCACGCUCGUCUACCUGCCUCUGCACCUCCUCAUGUCCCUCGCCAUCACCCUCGAGGCCUGGUGGUGCCUCAGUCUCACCGGGGGGACGGCAGGGCUGGCCUUUAUGGUGCUCGUGUGCUUCUGCUGCCUCUUCACAGGGAAUGCCAUUGCCACAUUCGUUAGUGCCACAGUCAACAAUGUCAUUCUCGCUUAUGCGGUGGUCAUCACCGUUUUGGCCAACUUUGCCCUCGUCUGCGGCUUUUAUAUAGAGCGAGCCAGCAUUCCCUCUUACUGGCUCUGGCUACACUACAUUUCUCCGCUGAAAUACGCUUAUGAGGCGCUUGCUCUUAACGAGUUUGACCGGGUGACCUCGCUGUGUUACCUUUCUGCACGUGAUAUCUACUCCUCUACACCACUCUCGGUUCUGCUCGAUGAAGUGGAUGUUCAAAGGUCACUAGUCGCACUGCGUCCUGCACUGGUUGGCUCCCCGUUUGCUGAGGUGUCGACAUCCACCUGUCUUCAGACCGACAAGCCAGCAGCGAGCUCGUCCUCUCAGACCACCAAGCCAAGAGCAACCACAGAUGGCGCUCGAACAGCUCCCUCGCCUUCCACAGCCAUCGCUCGAGCUUCUGCUCCUGCCGCCACUGCUCCUUCCGCCGCUUCUCCAGCGAAAGCGAAGGCCCAGGAGGCGUCAGCGGGCUUUAAAACACCCGAGAAAGCAGCUUCAAAGCCCGUCACUGAAGCAGCUCAAGCCUCCCCUGCGAGAACCACUGCAUCAGCAGCAGCAGGGGAAGGUUCAGCAGCAGGGGGAGCAGCAGGGGUUUCGGCUAAGGGAAAGGAAGCAGAGGCGAAGGCGGCAGUGGGUGGAGUGGUGAAGGAGGAGGAGAAGAAGGUGGAGAAGAAGCCAACCAAGAUCGUGAAGCUCGUCAAAGGAAAGCUCACCAAGCCACAGGCUGAGGUCGAAGCAGCAGCAGCAGCAGCAGCAGCAGCAGCAGGAGGAGCAAGAGAAGGAGCUGGUGAGGCUGCUCUGGUGACAUCUGAGGCUGCACCAAAUGGGUCGACGGCCGUGGAUACGUCAGCUGUGAUCUCAGCAGGAGACGCAGCAGCAGCAGCGCCAGUGGCUUCACCGGGAGUUGACUCUUCGCUCCAGAUUGCCUCAUCAGCAGCGGUAGCAAACCAAGAGGUGUCAAGCGGUGCUGUGAAAGGAGCAGGCGAUGUAGUGAAGGUAGAAGAGGACGAGGAGGGAGGAGCAGGGUGGGCGAUAGAUGAGGAGGUGUUACCUGGUAACCGGGCCACGGUUCCUGCCAGUCCUCGUCUAGGCGACAAGCCGGAUGCUGAAUCAGCAACCUCUGCCCCCGAGCCUGUUGCCGCAGCUACGGCUGAAGCUGUUGCCGAACCGGAGGUCGAGGAAGAGCCCAAACCUACACCAGGUUCGGCAGAAGGCGAAGCUGUUGCAGGAAUGGGAGGGAAUUCGGCAGAGGAAGGGGACGGGUGGGCUGCAGUGAUUGAAGAGGAAGACGUUAUAACGAACGGGGAAGAUGCAGCCCCCGUUAAUGCAGAUGCUGGAUUGAAAGAUGGCUUUAAGAAAUCAGAGGAUGCUGCAGGGGAUGACGCUGCCGGUGCUGCUAAUGCGUCCUCCACGCCUCUGCCAUUCAGCGGGUUCGAAGCAGCAUCAGAGGGAGUUUUCAGCAUAGACGACGGGGAAGGGGAUGGGGAGGAGGACGGGGAGGCCGCCCCUGCGCCUUCCCCCAUCAAACCCUUCCUGUCUCCACCAGUUAGGUCACCGAUCAAGUCACCAGUCAGAUCACCAUUCGGUGAUGCUUCUUCUUCUGCAUUCUCUGCGUCUCCUGCAGCAGCUGCCGCCACUGUCCCUCUCGUUCCUGUUGCUGCUAGCCCUAUAGCGGAUGGUGCUCAGGCGGCUUCUGAAAUCGAGGCAGCGGCAGGUGAAGAAGCAGCUGCAGAGAGGGGGUCUGCAGCGGAGAGCGGUUCGGAUGCUGCUGCAGCAGCAGUUUUUUCCAUUGCAGGAGGCGAAAAGGGCUCUGAAGCUGAUGCACAGGUGAGUGAAGAGGGAAGGAGGUCUUUGAAUCAAGAAUCCGGGGCAGAGGAGGAGAAAGUGGUAACGCAGAAUGAUGUAGCAGCGGAGGGAGAUUCAGGGGAGGCAGAUGCAGGGGAGACGGAUGCAGGGGAGGCGGGCUCAGGGGAGGCAGAUCCAGGGCAGGCGGAUGCAGGGGAGGGGGCGGAUGUGCCGCCAGAGGAAAGACUGGCGUCUGCUGCUCCAGCCACUGCUGAAGCUUCCGAAGCCGCAGCUUCUGGCGAAGCUACUGAAGCUGAAGCUGCUGCAGCUUCUGCUGAAGCUACUGAAGCUGUGGCAGCUGCUGAAGCUGCUCCAGAGGGAGGGGAAGGAGUGCGGGGAGAAGGAGGGCAUGCUGCUGCUGCGAAUGGCCUUAUGGAACUGGCAACCAUGGAGAGUGCACUGCAGAAUGCGGGCAGGCAGGCACAGACCAAGGCGGACGAGCUCGCCAAAGCGAUGACUGUGAAUGAUGAGCUUCGGGCCGAACUGGAGGACUGGAAGGCAAAAAUGAACAAUGAUGCAGAGCUGGAAGCUCUACGGGAGGAGUACCAGCACCGACUGGGGGCAGCUGAAAGAAAGGUGUACGCGCUGACCAAGGAGCGGGACAUGCUACGGCGGGAGCAGAGCCGCAAGGCAGACACGUCGACGCUUCUGAAGGAGAAGGAUGAGAUCAUACGCCAGGUCAUGGCGGAAGGCGAGGAACUUUCCAAGAAACAGGCCGCACAGGAAGGGGCCAUGAAGAAGCUCCGCACUCAGCUCCGGGAGAUGGAGGAGGAAAGGACGCGGCUACAAAAUCGGCUGCAAGUGGAGGAAGCUCGAGUGGAGAGCAUCAAGAAAGACAAAGCAGCCACCGAAAAGGCGCUUCAAGACGCAGUAGAACGCGGGCAGGCGGAUCUCGCCGCCCAAAAAGACUUCUACGUUUCUGCCCUUUCAGCUGCCCGGGAGGCGCAGGCAGCAGCAGAGGCGCGGGCGGACAGCGAAGCAAAGGCGGAGGCAGAGAGGAAGUUGAGGGAGGCGGGGGAGAGGGAGAGGGCGCUGGUGAUGACUGUGGAGGAGCUCCGGCAGGCUCUCACAAGGAGCGAGCAGCAGGCAGGGUUCCGAGAGCAGAUGCUGCGGCGGGACCUUGAGGACAUGGAGAAAAGGUGCCAGGCAGCGGAGGCUCGGCACGAGGAGCUAGUGGCUCGGAUACCGGAGUCGACCCGCCCGCUGCUGCGGCAGAUAGAGGCGAUGCAGGAGUCGGCCAACACGCGCAUGGAGGCACUGUCAGGGGUGGAGCGGGCGCUGAAUGGCAGAUUGCAGGAGGCAGAGGCGAAGGCGGCAGUGGCGGAGGAGAGGGAGCGGGUGACGAGCGAGCGGCUGAACCAGACGCUGUCCCGCCUGGCAGUCAUGGAAGCCCAGCUCUCCUGCCUGCGCGCCGAGCACUCCCAGCUCUCCCGCUCCCUCGACAAGGAGCGUCAGCGGGCGGCGGAGAACCGGACGGAGUAUCUGAGUGCGCAGGAGGCGAAGGUUGCAGCGGAAGGGAGGGUGAAGGUGGUGGAGGAGGAGAUGAGGGAGGUGAAGGGGAGAUGGCGGAAGGAGGUGCAGGAGGAACGGCAGAGGAGGGAGCUUGUGGAGCAGGAACUGGAGAGCGAGCGGGCAUCCAUGGCUGAGCAUGAGAGGAAGAUUCGGGCAGAGGGGCGGGCUGCAGCGGAGAAGGCACUGGUCGCAGCCCAUGCAGCAGCAGGCUCCUCUUACCCCGAGCUCUCAGCUCAUCAGAGGGCAGGGCUGCAGCAGAGAAGGCACUGGUGGCAGCCCAUGCAGCAGCAGGCUCCUCCUACCCCGAGCUCUCAGUGCGCCAGUCCCUGCGUUGAGUCCCCAGCAGCAGCAGUGCGGGCAACAGUGCCAUCGAGGAGGCAACGGCCUCGGGCAUCCUCCCUUGUUCCCUUACACCCGUUUCCUCCUGUUCCACAUACAUCCCUCCCCAUGCAGUCCGUCAGUCUCUACGUUGAGUCCCCAGCAGCAGCAGUGCGGGCAGCAGCGCCAUCGAGGAGGCAACAGCCUCGGGCAUCCUCGCAGCCUCGCUGCUCCCUGGGGCCUCCUCCUCCCACCCCGACCACCCUCUUCUCAGCAACCACCAUCGCUGCCUGCUUGCUAACGCCCCUUGCCUCUAACUCCCCCCCUCCUUCUCCUGCUCUCCCCACUGCUCUCCACCCUUCUCCACCCCUUUCCAGUCCGCCAGUCCCUGCGCCGGGUCCCCAGCAGCAGCAGUGCGGGCAGCAGUUCCAUCGAGGAGGGAACGGCCUCGGGCAUCCUCGCAGCCUCGCUGCUCCCUGGAGGCUCCUCCUCCCACCCAGAUCUUCUCACUGGAACCAUCAUUGUGCGCCAGGCAUUGAGGCGAGUCCCCAGCAGCAGCAGUGCGGGCAGCAGCGCCAUCGAGGAGGCAACAGCGUCGGGCAUCCUCGCUGCCUCGCUGCUCCCUGGAGGCUCCUCCUCCCACCCCGACCUCCUCACUGGUUGCUCACGCCCCUUGCCUCCUGCUCUCCCCCCCCUGCUCCCCCCCUCCUGCUCCAUCCCUCCUUCCUCCCCGCCCCUCUCCACCCCUCUCCACCCCUCUCCACCCCUCUCUCCCAUCCAGUCCGUCAGUCGCUGCGUCGGGUCCCCAGCAGCAGCAGUGCGGGCAGCAGUGCCAUCGAGGAGGCAACAGCGUCGGGCAUCCUCGCAGCCUCACUCCUCCCUGGAGGCUCCUCCUCCCACUCCGACCUCCUCACAGGGGCUAUUAUCGGCGGCACCAGCAGCAGCGGCGGCGGGGGGGGCGGGGGGUUUGGGAUGCUUGGUGCCAGUUCGUCUAUGGGGGCGUUGGGGGGAGGGAUGGGGGGAGGGGUGGGGAUGGGGUAUGGUGGGGCGAGUGGUGGAGGUCUGCUGAGGCCGAGUGCUGCGAAUGCUGCGACUGUGGAGCAUUUGGAGUCGCUGCUGCGACAGAAGGAUGGAGAAAUUGCCACACACACCGCGAGACUGGCCGCACUGGAGAGCACACGCGAUUCUCUGGCUGAAGAGCUGGUUAAGACAACCACCCAGUGUGAGAGUCUGCGCAGCGAGGUGACUCAGCUGCCGGGUCUCAAGGCGGAGCUGGAGGCGAUCAGGAGGCGGCAUGCUUCUGCUCUGGAGCUCAUGGGGGAGAGAGACGAGCAGGUGGAGGAGCUGAGGGCAGACCUGAUGGAUGUGAAGCAGAUGUAUCGGGAGCAGAUCGACAUGCUGGUGGAUCAGGUGGUGAACAAGCCAGCAGGAGUGAAGCAUUCGCCGCUGCACCGAUUCGUGGGGGGAGCAUUGGUCAACCGAGUGGCACAUUACCUACAAGCCGACCCCUUCACAGUGCACCGACUAGACAUGUACACGAGCGGGGUCAUCUGCUUCGCCAAGUCUCGCCCUGUCUCCCAGGCCCUCCACCAGGCCUUCCGCACCAAAGACCAGGUGGCGAAGCAGUGUCUGGUGCUGGUGGUGUUGCUUCCUCGUUCGGACUCCUUCUCAGUUGAUGCUCCUAUCCUCUAUCUCCCCCCCCUUCCUGCCUGCCUCUUCCAGGCGGCGAAGCAGUGUCUUGUGCUGCUGGUGGCGAAGCAGUAUCUGGUGCUGGUGGUGGGGCUGCCUCGUUCGGACUCCUUCACAGGCGAUGCCCCCACAGCACGAGACCCUGACCAUGACUUGCCUCCCGCCCUCUGUGGCGAAGCAGUAUCUGGAGCUCGUGGUGGGGCUGCCCCCAUUGCACGAGACCCUGACCAUGACUCGCUCCCUGCUCUCCAUGUGUUGCUCUCCCUCCCUAUUUGCGUUGCUCCCCUGCCCCGUGUCGUUGCCCCCCACCCCCUUCAACCCUCCCAGGUGGCGAAGCAGUAUCUGGUGCUCGUGGUGGGGCUGCCUCCUUCGGACUCGUUCGUUAUCGAUGCUCCCAUUGCACGAGACCCUGACCACGAGUUUGCGCGCAUGGUUGUAGCAGCAGAGGAGGUUGGAGAAGGGAGGGGGGAGGUUGGAGAGGGGAGGGAGGGAGACGUGCCGCAGGAAGCUCCCAUUGCACGAGACCCUGACCAUGAGUUUGCACGCAUGGUUGUGGGAGAGGAGGUUCGAGAGAGGAGGGAAGAGGGAAUGGUGGAGGAGGAUGGAGAGAGGAGGGGAGAAGGGGCUACAGAGGAGCAGAGAGAAGGGAUCGGAGAGGCUGGGACAGAGGAGCUGGGAGCGAGGGGACAGGGGACAGGGGAGGAGACGGAUGGAAGGGGUGAGGGAGUGGGAGAGAGUGUAGGAGAGAGUGGGAUGAAGAAAAAGGAGAGCAAGACACAGGCAGCAGUGACAGAGUUUCGUGUGCUUGCAAGAAGUGAAGCGUCCGGGUAUGACCUCACAUCAGACAGUUUCGUCGUCUGA